GCUAAAGCUGCGCCUUCGCCUAUUUUACCUUGAUCGUUCUCUUUUCCUCUUGAACCGCAAUCGAGGCUUAGACUCUGUCAUCAGCAGUUUCCAUAGAGCUUCUGAGAGUGAUAUUUUUGACUUGAAGUCGUUAUCGGCAAUCACAUGCAUCCACCCACAAUGGCACAGAACAAGAACGUCAAAGUCCCAGAGACAAUCGUCAAAUCCCGCAUCCAGCUCGUCUCGCCAGCCGUCGACACCUCCCUCCCCGUCGACACGACCUCACUGAAGGGUGCAAACAUCCUCAUCACUGGAGGAGCAAGCGGAAUCGGAGAAGCAUUGGUCAGGAGAUACGCUGAACUCGGUGCCUACGUAACCUUCGGCGACAUCAACCAGCCCGUUGGCCAGGCUCUCGCUUCCUCCCUCGGUCCCUCAGUCACAUUCGUCGCAUGCGAUGUCACCGUCUGGUCCCAACAGCUUACCCUCUUCAAAGCCGCAGCUGAACGAGGUCCCAUCGACCAUGUCAUCGCUAACGCAGGGAUCAACGAGGCACCAUACUUCGUUGGUGGGUCUUCGGCGGAGGAAAAUGGAGACCCGGUUGAGCCGAACUUGAAGACCGUGGAGGUGAAUAUCACCAGUGUGUUGUACACAACGAAACUCGCUUUCCACUACUCCCGGAAAGCGAAGACUCUGGCACCGGGGCGUGAUAGAAGUCUCGUCCUGGUCGGUUCAUUGGCGUCGUAUUACGAACUCGCCGGUGGGCCACAGUACACGCUUGCCAAACAUGCUGUGUUUGGGUUGAUGAAGAGUUUACGACACACCUCCGGCGUUGACGGGUUACGUGUUAACAUGAUCGCGCCCUGGUUCGUUGAUACUCAGAUCCUCGCAACUCCCGUUCGCUCCCUCCUUCUCGGUCUUCCCUACGCCAAACUGGAAGACGUCAUUGCCGCGACAAUCCUUCUCACCGCUUUCCCCGCCAUUAACGGUCGCUCCAUCUGUAUCACACCCGAAGGCUAUAGUGAUAUGCACCCCGACUCGGACCCGAGUAUGGAGGAUCGUACUUUGAAGACGUUCGGGACGAGGAGUGUUGUCGGGUUUCAUUUCGCGGUGGCCAUGAAGGAGAGGAUUAGGUGGUGGAGGGAUUUUGCUAGGUUGGUGGGGGCGGGAAAGUUCGUUGGUGUACUUGGUGUGUUUGGAGCUAUUUGUACUGCGGUUGUGAUGAAGUGGUUUCGCUGAUGGGAUGUGAGGGAAGGAGGCGAGUAAUGGGGAAGGGAUACCCAGAUAUCUGGGAUGCAAUGGUUGAUCAUGGUGGGGGUACUGGAACUGAUCUCACGCUUAUGGCUGACUUACAAUGUCUGGUUGCAUAGCAAAAUAUUACAUAGCAGAUCAUACACUCGUCGAGCUGCUUACUCUGAUGAUUUUUUGCUGCACUCAUUGUCCUGCGGCUGAAGAGUCGGAUGCACCCACUACACCCUCCACUGCCUUCUCAAUCACUCCCCGCCGUCCCUCUCGCACCCGAAUAUCACACUCAAACGGCUUCGGUCCAUGAUUAGCCCCUUGCUCAUACGCCGUCUCGUCCACCUCCUUCCCCUCAAUCUCCCGAAACUCAAAAGC